CAUCUCUACCCAGCCGCCACCCCCGUCUCCUCUCUGCUCCCAAGCGCAUCCACGAGACCACGAGGUCCGGUCGCCGCUCCCGCCGCCUCCCCUCAGGCCGGACGGCCCCGCCUCCACGCCGCCGCCUCCUCGCUGCUGGCCGCCGUCUCUACCUCGACGCGUGUUCCUUGGCCCUGCGCCGCCGGCCGCCGCCUCCCCGCUGACGACACCCCUCCCUCGAGGCGGACCCCGAGCCCUCCCCUCCUCCCUCCACCCCUCUCCGUGGAUCCCUCUCUCUUUGAAGACGAGAUCCACAGGGUUUCGCUGACCUCCGUGGAAUCCACUCGCCUCCAACCAGCCAACCCGUGAAGCGGAUCCACUGGUUAAAUUUCUCACAUACUGAAGAUUUGUGUUGCAGUCAACCAACUGAUAAACCAUUCAGGACUGUACACAGAAGGAGGCGGCUUGAAUUGGCCUUCUGGUUCAAGAUGGCUGGAUAUAUGUCAAGAGGGCCCCCAAACGGUUCGGUUUAUGUGUGCAACCUGCCUCCUGGAACUGAUGAGACUAUGCUGGCUGAAUAUUUUGGCACCAUAGGGUUGCUAAAGAAGGACAAAAGGACUGGGCGUCCAAAAAUUUGGAUAUAUAGAGACAAGGUUACAAAUGAACCGAAGGGUGAUGCAACAGUCACAUAUGAGGAUCCACAUGCUGCUUCAGCUGCUGUGGACUGGUUCAAUAACAAGGAUUUCCAUGGAAGUAUUAUCCAGGUUGACAUAGCUGAGUCAAAAAGUAAAGAUACAUUCGAUAGCUCCACGAAUUUGGGCAUCGCUGCUGACCUUGGUGGACAAGAUGAAUUGGAUAGCGGGGUUGGCAGAGGCAGAGGACGUGGUGAUGGUCCAGGAAAGGCUUGGCAGCAAGAUGGGGAUUGGAUGUGUCCAAAUACAAGUUGUGGCAAUGUAAACUUUGCCUUCCGUGGUGUUUGUAAUCGCUGUGGAGCCGCUCGCCCUGCUGGUGUUGGGGGAGCUGGUGGUGGUGGUGGCGGUAGGGGUAGAGGCCGUGGUAGCGCUGAUGCAAGAGGAAGCAGCCGUGCUGGCACUGCUGCUGCUGUUGGUGGUCCACCUGGAUUGUUUGGUCCAAAUGAUUGGCCAUGUCCAAUGUGUGGCAACAUAAACUGGGCUAAGCGGACAAAAUGUAAUAUAUGUAACACUUCCAAGCCUGGUACGAAUGAAGGCGGUGUAAGGGGUGGCCGUGGUGGUGGGUACAAAGAGCUUGAUGAAGAAGAACUAGAGGAAGUUAAAAAGCGUCGGAAAGAGGUCGAGGAGGAUGAUGGAGAGAUAUAUGAUGAGUUUGGCAACCUCAAAAAGAAAUUCCGUGCUAAAUCUCAGCAUACUGAAAGUGUGCAGACUCUUCCUGGGUCAGGACGUGCUGGAUGGGAAGUUGAGCAGCGUGGUUCCAGUGAAAGGGAAGGCAGGGAGAGGAGCAGGGAUCGUGGUAGGGUCGAUUAUGAUGAAAAGGAAAGCAGGAACAGGGAUAGGGGUGAUCAUGGAAGGGAGCGGCGCCGGAGCCGUAGCCGAAGCCGGAGCAGAGACCAUGACAGGGAAAGAGGGAGGGACAGGGGAAGAGACCAUGACUACGAGAGGAGUCGGGAGCGGGACCGUGAUCGCCGCCACAGGUGAAGAGAGAAAUGAUAGGGGCUUUCUGUUUCUUUACAUUGCAUUUGCCAAUUUUUGUAGCCGUGGUACCUGUGGUAUUAUUUUACAGUUGCUUUAACUGAUUUGCUGCACGGACAGCAUUCUGAUAACUUCGCUGUUUGUAAAACGAGUGUGAUAUUUUUUGUUAUUUUUUUACAACAACCAGUUUGACUUUUUUUUUUUGAUAA